AUGGAUAUCAUCAGAGACAGAAGCACAUGUACUUUGACAGUGUCACAAAAUGGUUAUUUUCGUAAGGUUCUUGGGAACUUUGGAAUGGAUCAUGCCAAAGGAGUUCAGAGGCCAUUUGGAAUGUACUUCAACCUAAGAUCAGUUACUGAGAAAGAAGUCAAAGAGCAUAGAGAUAAGAUGAAGCUAAUUCCUUAUCAAAGUGAUGUGGGCAAAAUUAUGUAUGCAAUAGUUGGCACUAGACCGAACCUAGCUUAUGCAGCCGGUCUGGUUUGCAGAUUCUUCAUGAUCCAGUCUUUGAAAAAUCACUGGCUAGCGGUAAAUUUGAUUAUGCGGUAUGUCAGGGAAACUCAAGACGUGAAGCUGGUUUACCUUAGCGAAGGGGAGUUUGUAGUAGAAGGAUAUUGUGAUGCGGACUAUGCUGGUGACUUAGAUGGAAAGAGAUUAUUAUCAGGAAUGAUGUUCACUGUAUGA